UAUUAUAAUCUUUCAUUAAAAAAAAAAAAAUUAAAAUAAUUGGUCGAGUAGCUUCCGAGAACAUUAGCAUCAAAGGUGUCGUUACAUUUUUCGUUUCAAUUUUUUUCCACCCACACCUCAAGAAAGAAUUUUUACUUCAAUAAAAAUACAGACAUGUAGUACCUACACGUCUGUAUUAUAGCAGCCCGGGGUGACAUUUAUCCUAUUAUUAUUAUUUUGUAUGGCAUCCGUCAGUAACAUUGGAGACACUUAAAAUAUAAAAAGAUAUAGAAUGUAUAAAAUUACAAGAUGGUCAAAAGCGAUAAAACUUCGGUGGGAGUGGUUAACGCUAUAACUUGGUCACAGCAAUUUUGUUGUGUAUGAAACCUUGCCUAUACCUACGGUAAAACCUUAUCUAUAGUUUCGGAUAAUUGGUUAUAAGUUAACCUCUCGAGUAGUUUGUAGCUCGCUCUUGGUAGCGUAUAGAUUUAUAAUUUUUAACGUCGUCAUUUGACUUAUCUGGUUUUAGAGCCGCUAAUACCUUGGUGGUUUUGAAUAAUGUUGCUAAUUUCCCCGAGUAUAGUAUGUCAGAGAAAAAUUCGGCUAACCAUUUUCUUGUAUUGGGACCACAAUUUUUAAGAAACUCUGGGUGAAUACCAUCUAGUCCAACCGCCUUACCAGUUUACACACUUUUUAAAGCUAUUUGUAUUUCUUCAGAGUUGAAAUUCUCCGCUCAUUUAGAUUUGUUCAUUGCUUCUAGUUUUUUUUGGUUUUUAGGCUCAUAGUGAUCUUGCUUGUUGUUUCUUUUUCAUCGUAGCUCUGGUUAGAAAUUUCAUCCGGUUUAGUUUUCAGUACCAUUUUUGUUCUUAUUGGGUUCAGGUGAAGUCUGCAGAGCAGAUUCUAGGCUUCUCUACUGGAGUGUUUGAAAUCUAGUUUUUCUUUCGUUUCAAUAUCCAUCUAUCUCUACGUGAUUUUGCCAGUGAAGUUCAUGUCUACGAGCUCAGUUGUGCCAUUUUUUUUAAAUUCUGUAUAAAAUAGAUUACUUUCAGCAUUCCAACAGGUAUAUAAUUUCCUGUAACGAUUCCUGUUGAUGAUCCUUUAAUAAUACAAACAAAACGGUCGUAAUAAUUACUCGUUGGUAUGAUCCACUUGAUAUUUGCAUCUAUAGAUUUCGCGAAAGUAUGCCAGUCUGCUUUUCUAAAACUCCAUCUUAGUUUUUGAAUGGUUUUAACAAUGGGGAUUUGAAUGCCGACAUUUAUUGCCUGUGCUGGCUUCUGGGAAAAUUGUUUAAAAUGGUUCUGCAGGCUGGUAUGGCUAUUUUAUUUUUUGAGACAAUGCAUAGGUCAGUUGUAGCUUCUGUUCCACCGACCUGAAUGCAAUUUUUUUCUAUCUUUUGCAUUGAAUAAUAGUUGCAUGUUUUCGCUAUCCAUCCAAUAAUAUAUUAUUUCACUGUUAGUAUCAUUUAUUUCAUAUCCCCAGUUGGUAUGGUUGCUGUUGAAAUCCCCAAUAUAUAUUGAUGGAUGUGGCAUAACUGGCAGUGGAGGGGUGGGCCAUAUUUCGUUAGGUGUUUUAUAUAUGUUGAGGGUAUUUAUCUCAGCGAAACAAAUAGCUAUAAUGUAUACAGUGUCUGUCGAUGUUGAAAAAAGUUGACUCCAGGUGUUUAUAUCGUUCCUAAUUUAGGUGGAAGAUCCAUAGCUUCUAUGAUAAAGAGCUGAAAUUAGCAUGUAUCCAAAAAUUGUUGCUCUUCGUGUCAUUUUUAACUCGUUUAGAACCUGUGUUUCCUGUAGAAGUACUACGUCUAUUUUAUGUUUUUAACAGUAUUUCGUGAUAUCUGCUUUUAUCACUGCUGAUUCCUUUUACACGAAGUUGAAAGAUACGGAACUGGGGGACCCAGAUAUCGAGUCAAAUAGUCCUCAUAAGGACUUUUUUCUGGUUGAGAAGUGUUGAUGUUGGUGUUACUCAUGAUUACUCUGAGGUUAUACAGUUAGACAUUUCCAAAAUCCGUUUGGUUUAUCGUAUGUGAUGAACUGUGUGAAAGGUUUAACUACUUUGGACUUAGAACUAUCCUAGUGUUAUAUCUGACAUCGGUAUUAAAUUAUACCGACGAUGAGUCUACUAUGAUCUAUCAUGGCUUUAUAUUUUUAUCGUAUCUCAUGCCAUUGUUCGGUUCCAUAUUGGCAGACUCUUAUUGGGGACAAUUUAAAACUAUAAUACGACUGUCAAUAGUUUAUGCUCUGGGAAACAUCAUCCUCACUGGAGCAUCAAUGGCCAACAGUUUCACUCUCGAUAGCCAAAGAUUGUUUGCCAUCAUCGGUCUAAUAUGUAUUGCGUUAGGAACAGGUGGCAUAAAACCGUGCGUUGUCACGUUUGGCGGCGAUCAAUUCCAAUUACCGGAGCAACAAGAUCAACUUACACAAUUUUUCGGCAGAUUCAUAACGGCCAUUUACAUUGGAUCGUUGAUAUCUAUGUUUUUAGCACCCGAACUACGAAAAAGUACACAGUGCUUUAGCAGGGACACAUGUUUUCCGCUGGCGUUCGGCUUACUAUCACUGCUCAUGAUAACAGCCAUAGCUGUUUUUAUUCUCGGAAGAAAUUUGUACGUGAAAAGGAAACCAGAGAAUCAUGUGAUCUUCAAGACUUUUGGUUGCAUAUUUUACGGUGUUCGCAAAAAUAUCGUUUCAUCAUCUUCCAACGAGGCUCAUUGGCUGGAUAUCGCGGGGAACAAGUACUCGAAAACCGAGGUGUCCGACACAAAGGCGGCGCUGGAAGUGCUAUACACGUAUAUUGCUUAUCCGGUGUUUUGGGCACUCUACGAACAACAGGGCUCGCGGUGGACGUUGCAAGCGACUUUGAUGAACGGCAAGUUAGACGGCAUCAGUUGGGAAAUCAAACCCGACCAGAUGCAGACCGUUCACCCACUGCUCGCGCUUUUGUUGAUCCUUUCGUUCGACCGCUUUCUGCGCCCGGUCUUGGCGAAGUUCGGCAUCCGACGACCGAUUCAAAAACUCGUGUCCGGUACUACCAUGGCUGCGUUGGCUUUUCUGCUCACCGCUGUUCUCCAGUAUAAAAUAUUCGGCGACAGCACUGUGAUACCGACUACCGAAGGACAGUUGGUUGUAUAUAACGGCUUCGACUGUAACGCUCGUAUAUUAAGUUCGUCAUUAAAGUUCGUGGGCAACAACGAUAUCGAUCCACUGGGUUUUGCCAAAUUCAAGUACACGCCAAAUUCCGACGAAAGCAUCGUCAACAUAAAGCUGAAAUUGAACAAAUCGUGUGAUGCGUACGUUAACUACAACAAUCUGGAUACUAACGUUAUCGUAUCGAGAGGAAAGUCAAUCUCAUAUUUUCUAACAUCCAACAGUGAAAAUAAAGAAGUAAAAUUACGACGAAUCGAUCAUUACGACGAUUUCAUAAAGCCUAAAAAUGGACAUCCGAGUUUAAGAAUCAUAAUUGGCGAUGAUAUAGAGAAGAACGGGUCUCUUGCACUUGUGCUCUCCAGAAAAAAUCACUUGUCGUACAACAUAUCUUCGUUUACAAACGAAAAUUUCAUACAGGUGGCUUUCGGAAACUAUAAUUUAGUACACGAUGAAGGACGGAUCUCGUCGAAUAUAAACCUCAUGCCAGCGACGAUAUAUACACUCGUCAUACGACGCAACGACAAUGACAGCCAAGGCCUGGAAUCGAAAUUGUACGCUACGGACGAAGGCAACUACUUGCACAUUUUAUGGCAGACACCGCAGUACCUGUGUAUGAUUCUCGCAGACGUGAUGUUUAUCGCCACGUCGAUCGAGUUUAUGUAUACCCAAGCGCCGCCCAGAAUAAAAUCAUUCAUGUCAGCCUGUUACUUGAUGACUCAUUCGAUCGGAAAUCUAGUGGUCGUCGUUGUUUCGGCUUUGUCCUUUCGCAAACAAGAACAUGAAUAUCUAUUUUUCUCCGGACUCAUGCUGGCAGACACGUUGUUAUUGGCUUAUUUGAGUUAUAAUUACAAGUACAAAGCUUUCGAACAACGGUUAAAUGACAACAACGACGACCAGGACGACGUCGAUAACGUCGUGACAAAUCAAAGCGAACUUCAACUCGAUGGAAAGUGAUAAUGAAAUGCUCAAGUACAUUCUGUCUGAUUGCAUAUUAUAAUGGUUGAUUUAAUCUAAUUACAAACUUCAUUAUUGAUAACUUUGUAUCUAUUUAUGAUUAUUUUUUGUAAUCGUUAUCAUUUGUAAGUAUAUUAUUUAUUUUCGAUUAUAGUUUAAUGAAAUACUAAAUCAUAUAUUAUACCGACAGUGUUGCGUUGCUGAAUUUUUACUAGCAUUCAGCCAAACAACUAUAUUACCUAUAAAUAAAUUAGUGUUCACGGUGUUGGAUGUGAGUAAGGUGACAGGAGAGAAAUAAUAAUAAACUGAUACAUUAUGGCAAAUUACGUUAGAUGGAAAUUAACGUUAUUCGCCAGUUAUUAACGUUAUUGAACAAAUACAUAGGUAUUAUCAUUAUAAACUGGAUAGACACGUCAAUGACGGUAAUUAUUGUUUUAGACCAGAUAAGCACGUAAAUCUCAAAAACUGUAAUUUCAAAAAUAAUGUAGGUAUUUUUAGGAAUAAAAACAACCCAAACAGCAUUAGUAUUA